AUUAAUAAUUUUGUUGCUGUUAAAAGGCAUACUAUUGCAGGCAUUUUGGCGGCAUUAAGCACCAUGCUUGGGGUGUAUUUUGUGAUUCAUGUGGAGUAUGUGCUGAUCGUGCUUGCAUAAAAAUUGCUGAUAAAAAACUAAAAUGCAAAUCAAUAACACUUGCUAAUGAUCAACCAAUGAAGCAUCAGUGGACACUUGGUAAUCUUCCAUCAAGUGCAACAUGUGAAAUAUGCGAUGAAGAAUGUGGCACUGAACCUGGUCUUACUGACUGGUUUUGCUGCUGGUGUCAAAGAUGUGUUCACACUUCUUGCAAGCCCAUGAUUCAUGAAAUAUGUGAUUAUGGACCAUUUAAAUCAAUGAUAAUACCACCAGGUAGUUUAGAAGUUGUUAAUAAAAGAACAACUGUUCGUAAACGUUUACAACUUCGUUCAAUUGUUCCACCAGUAUGGCCAGACUGGCGACCACUCAUUGUUGUUGCUAAUCGAAAAUCUGGAAAUAAUGAAGGUGCUGCUGUUUUGUCAAUGUUUCGACGAUUAAUUAAUCCAGCUCAAGUUGUUGAUUUAACUGAACGUGAUCCAGUUGCUGCAUUGGAAUGGUGUCGUCUUUUGGGUAAUAAUCCUUGUAAUAUCAUUGUUGCUGGGGGUGAUGGAACUGUCGCCUGGCUUCUCAAUGCUAUUCAUAAAUUACAAUUGACACCAAUACCAGCUGUUGGAAUACUUCCACUGGGAACUGGAAAUGAUUUAUCACGUGUAAUGGGCUGGGGAAAAGAAUAUGAUUAUUCUUUAGAACCAAAUGAAAUUUUAAAACAUAUAUGGGCAGCUCGUACAGUCAAACUUGAUAGAUGGACAGUUGCAAUUAAGUCUGAUACAAAAAGUCUCAACUUCAGAGAUACAAAAAAAAAAAUGUUUAUGUAUAAUUACUUGAGUAUUGGUGUCGAUGCACAUGUGGCAUUAAAUUUUCAUCGAACUCGAGAGAGUAAAUUUUAUCUAUUCAGUCAUCGAAUAUUUAAUAAGUUAUUAUAUUUGUGUUUUGGUACACAACAAGUAGUUGACAGAGAUUGUAAAGAUCUAGAUAAAUAUAUGGAAGUUUAUUUAGAUGAUAAAAAAAUAGAUUUACCAUCAUUUGAAAGUAUUGUUAUUUUAAAUAUACCAUCAUGGGGAGCUGGUGUAAAUCUCUGGGAAUUGGGACUUCAAGGAAAUGAAGGUGUUGGUAUGCAAAGCAUAAAUGAUGGUAAACUCGAAGUAUGUGCAAUUUAUUCGUCAUUUCAUAUUGCCCAAUUGCAAGUUGGAAUGUCCCAGCCACAUCGAUUGGGACAAGCCAAAACAGUCAAGAUAAAAUUACUUGAUUCUUGUGCUGUACAGAUUGAUGGUGAACCAUGGUAUCAAAAUCCAUGUGAAUUUGACAUAACAUAUUGCAAUCAAGCAUCAAUGCUCAUGUCAACUUUUCGUUCAUAAUUAUUAUUACCAUUAUCAUUAUCUAACAACUGUUAUUGUUGUUGUUGUUGUUGUUGUUGUUGUGAUAAAAAUUUUAACUAUGUAUUAUUAAUUUUAAAUAACAAUUACAAAUAACAUCAUUUAUUAUCAUUUAAUUUUCAUAUUAAUUACAUUCAAAACAAGUAAUUAAUAUUUCAUUUUAAAUAUUUAAGCUAAUUUAUUAUCUAUUAAAUUUAAAUAAUCUUUUAGAUUUUAUUUUUUAUAUAUUAUUCAAAGCUUAUAUUUAAAUUUUAUUAUGUGAUUAUUGAUAUAUGAAAUUAAUGUAAAAAUUUUAUCUAUUCACUUGAGAUUUAAUAUUUAAUUUUUUUCUUGAAAUAAAUUUAUGACUGAUUUUUGUUAUUAUAUUUAUAAAAUAUAGUUUUAGUGAUAAAAUUUAUAUGUGAAAUAGAGAUUAGAUUUAUGGUGGAAGUUGAACAUUCAAGUAUUAUCUAAAUCUAUUUAUAUAAAUAUUAUAUAUGAUUUUUUUUUUUUGUCAUUUGUUUUUGUGUUAUUUGUAAAUAUAUAUGUGCAUUUGUAUAAUAUACAUGAAUGCUAAUGGAGAACAAAAACAUAUGCCUAAAGUUUAAAAUAAACAAAAUAAGAUCGUACUGGGAUUAUAUAAUGCAAUGAUAAAUUCGUAUAAAAUUUUCCCCUUUUCCUUCACGCAAUAUUUAAAUGAGAAAAUUUUCAAGCUCAACAUGUGAAUAAUUUACACAAUGUUUAUAUACAUAUAGUCCAACAACGGAAAUUACAAUAUACAUUGCUGUAAUAUGACAGAGCGACAGGCACGAUUUUUGAUUGCGUUGUUAACAAUCUGGCUCAUGCAUGAAGUUGCAAGAAUUAUAAAACGCUUGAAUGGGCGUUGACACAAAUGUCAUUAAACCAUCUGCUGGACCCACAAAAAUAAAAAAAGAAUAAAAAAUUUAUACACCUCACGCCUUCAAUUUAAAAUAUCCAAAGAAAACUUUCACUAUCAUCAAUGAUUCUCCUCAAUGCACGUUACAGUCUUUUUAUAUUUUUUUAUUUUUUCAACAAAAGUUUAAUCGUCUUAUCGCGUGACACGAUCCAUGUAUUCUCAUUCUGUCUCACUACAUCCAGACAAUGUUUUUCAAAAAAAAAAAGAAAUAGUACAUUUUUUCUUCUUCUUUUCAUCCAACUUCAAUAUCUUUUUAAAAUUUAUUUCUCCCUCGGUGAAUUCGACAAGAAUAAGAUAACUAUAAAUUAUAUCGUAAAAAUCUACCAAAAGAUAUAAGUGUGUGACUCUUUCAACAUACCUAAUAAACCAAACUCGUUGAAAUACUCGUUUUUCAUAUACAUAUAUUAUUUAUGCAUGAUGUCUGUUCACUCGAAUUCUAUAUAAAAAAUAAAAAUAAAAAAAAAUAUUACCAGUCUUUGAUAAGAAUCUUCUAUAAAAGGAAUAAAAAAAAAAAAACA